GAAAGUUGCAGGAAAGCAGAGGAUCCAGUUUGGAAGAGGAAGUUGUCGGUAAUUUGUGAUUUCAUUGGGACAGUGAGGCUGGCCUCGCCAUAUCUUGUGUUUGGAGCAGAGAUUGUAUCCUCGGGUCAGAAUGGAGGGGCGGGAGGACAGCUCACCCAUGCAGGCUUUCGACAAGGACGUGUUGGACCUGACUGUGGAGGAUGUGUAUGACAUCUCCUACCUGAUCGGCAGAGAUCUGCUAAAGGUCAACACAGGCGGCCGGGAGUUCUCGGACCUACAGUUCAAGAUCGUCCGAGUGCUGGAGAUGCUGGAGAACAUGGUGAACAAGUACAACCUGUCCAUGGAGGAGCUGAGGAUGGAGCUGGACAACAUGAGGACAGAGAUGGACAGAGUCGCAGAAGGCUCUGAUAAUCAAAGUAUUGGGCCAAACAAACUAGUUGUGGACUUAAAAGACCCAAACAGACCACGAUUCACCAUGCAGGAGUUAAAGGAGGUUCUGCAGGAGAGAAACAAACUCAAAGCCCAGCUUAUGGUGGCCCAAGAGGAGCUGCAGCUCUACAAGAGUGGGGUCCUCGGGUCAGAGCAGAGAAUGGUGGAAGUAAAGCUGGACACGCUCCCUGAGUCAGAGCCCGCACCCUCCAGCGCGAUCGAGGAGAACCGAGAGAAGAGCACUAUUCAGAGACUGUUCUCAUUUCGACAAAAAUAGUCAAUCUGCAAAACUUUACCAGGAUUAAUACAAGAAACCAAACACCCGUGAAACAAGCUCAGUCCUCUCCAGCAGAGACAAGUGCCUUUUUUAACUGGACUGACCCAGAAGUCCUGUGCCUGACUCCUUUCCUUGUUUUUAAAUGAGUACGUUUUGUAAGUUCUCAAUUAGUACAUUAUUGAGUGUGAAACAUGAAUGAGAUGAUGUCAACAGCACAAAUGCAGCUAAUAUAUCUUUCAUCUUCCAUUAGCUCAGUAUUUUUACUGUAAUACGGUAUGACAUCACUAGAAUCAGUUUUAAUUUAGUCAUGUCAAAAAGAGACAGUUUGGGACUGAUUUUGGUGACAGCACUAAAUACUGUACGUAUUAUCUUAAACGCAUUGAUUUGCUCUCUAAGACUUCAUUGAAGAUCGUACUGAAUUAGAAAAUAUCUUCAGUAUCUGUCGACACGCUUUUGGACAGAAACUGUCCAUGUGACUUUGUAUCACUUUCUAGUUCUAAUUUUAACAAACUAGGGAUUUUAGAGUCAAAAUCACAAGGUUCUUCAACUAAAAUACUUUUGAUUUGUUGUUUUGAAGCACCUGUACCAGGUAACAAUGUUUAAUAAAUCUCUUUAAGGUAUAUGAAGUGGUAAAUUGUAGGCCAAAUGAAUGUAAAAACGUGUUUUUAAUCGGCUUGCAGUAUGAAAUUAUAGAUGACAAUUAUAGAUAUUAAGAAAUGCUGUUCUUAAUUACAUUUUUACAUGGAUUACUGCGUUAUCAGGGGCCAGUUGUUCAAAAAGUUUAAUCUGGAUUUGGAAUGUUUUUCUAUCCAGGAUCAGGUAAUCUUUCUUUUGUGCUGGUUUUUCAAAGCAAGAUUGGAUUGGAUCACCCUGAUCCAGAUACACACUCUUUCAGAUGACCAAAUCUGGAUUACUGGUGCUCUACGGAGCCCCUAAAGGGACAUGGUGAGAGAAAAAAAGAGAUGGGGAGGGGGGGAUGUUUUUGCAUUAGCUCAGAAAACUUUACGUUCGCUCCCAAAUAACUUUUGACUGGUUCAUCUCUUAUGAUUGUGCCAAUGUAGUUUACAAACAGAGAUUAAAAUUGAUAUUUACAGCUGUUUGGGGAUUUUUUAAAUGGCACCAAAAUCUCUUUUUUACUUUACAGUAGGUUACCAAAAGGCUGAAUAUGAAGCCUAAUGUCUGCUUCUAAUUCAUUAACAGUUAAACUAAUCAAGAUCAAAAUAAAAAAUGUGUGUAUGUAUAUUACAUGAUAAAUUUUUAAUUUUUUAACCAGUUUUAAAGUUUUAUUACAUUUGUUCCUGAAAUCCACUCCUUUUGGAUCAAAGGUAUCCUAAUAUUACUAAAGUCUUGAACAAUACAAACUGAUGAUUUGAUCCAGAUCUAAACCAAGAUUGGAUUUUGAGAUCUAAUCUGGUUUCAGAAUUUUUUUUCUUUUUCUUUUUGAACACGUUUUCAGGAUUUGAUCCGACAGCUGAAAUCAGAUCAGAUUACUUUUGAACAACUGGCCCCUGGAUUUAAUAUAGCAACAUGCAUAAUAUGAAAUGAUUUAAAUUAUUAAAUGUAAACUAAAAAGAAGAGUGUCUUACACAAGAAAUCAAAUGAUGACUCAUUAUUUUCCUUCUUUGAUCUGACAGUGAAAUAAACGAGAAAAUCAAAUAUGAUGUGCCACUUAAAUAAAUACAUUUAUUAUCCAGCUUUUGUUUUUAUAAGGUCCAGAAAUUACUUUUUUUUUGGCAUGUGAAGAAUUGAUAUAUAAAGAUUUUUACAGUAUUUUUUUAUUUUAUUUUUUUUCAUAAAUCCGACUGGUGCGUCUGUCGCUUUCCUAUUCCCUAUUGGAUGUUUCUUAUAUCUGAAUUGUUUUUUUUUUACGUUUGAAAUGCAAUAAAAAUCUUUGGUCACAGAAA